UUCUUCUUCGUCUUCUUCUACUUCUUCUUCUUCUUAUACCUCUUCUUCUUCUUCUUCUACUUCUUCUACUUCUUCUACUUCAUCUUCUUCUUCUUCUUCUACUUCUUCUUCUUCUUUUUCUUCUACCUCUUCGUCUAUUUCUUCCUAUUCAUCUUCUUCUUCUUCUACCUCUUCUUCUUCUUCUUCUUCUCCUUCUUCUUCUUCUUCUUCUUCUUCUUCUUUCUUCCUCUUCUUCUUUUUUUCUUUUUCUUCUUCUUCUUCUCCUUCUUCUUCUUCUUCUUCUUCUUCUUCUUCUUCUUCUUCUUCUUCUUCUCCUUCUUCUUCUUCUUCUUCUUCUUCUUCUUCUUCUUACCUCUUCUUCUAUUUCUUCCUAUUCUUCUUCUUCUUAUUCAUUAA